AUGAAGGAAUUAAUCUUCCUGAGUCUUUAUCUACUUGUAUCUGCCAGAGGAGCACCCCCAGGUCAGCCUGAUGAGCUUCUGAACUCUGUAGACCACCAAGCUUCUGUUCAGCAACUUUCCAGUGAGUACUUCUCACUGGCAAACCCUUCGGAUGUCGAGGCUUUGUAUGAAACUCCUUCAGGUGAGAAAGGUCUGACUGAUCAUAGUUCAAGUGAACAUGAAUCAAGUGAGCAUGCUGCAAGCGAACACGUUUCAGGUGAACAUACUUCAGAAGAACACUCUUCAGAACACAGCGCAGGUGAGCAUAUCACAGGAGAGCACAUUACGGGAGAGCACACUUCGGGUGAGCACACUUCAGUAGAGCACACUUCAAGUGAUCACACUUCAGGCGAACCUGCAGAUCAGUCAAGUGAACAGACUUCAGAAGUGGCUUCAGCUGAACAAGUUACAGGUGAAAAGGCUGAAGAGUCGGGCGAACAGACUUCUGAGGUAACUUCAAGUGAAAAAAAUGAACAAAUUAUAAGUACGCCAUUUCCAAGCACAUCUGCAGGCGUAGCAAUAAAUUGUCACGCAUGUGCUUAUAUGAAUGAUGAUGGAAAAUGUCUUCGUGGUGAAGGAGUAUGCACCACUCAAAAUUCCCAGCAGUGCAUGUUAAAGAAGAUCUUUGAAGGUGGAAAACUCCAGUUCAUGGUUCAAGGGUGUGAGAACAUGUGUCCAUCUAUGAACCUCUUCUCUCAUGGGACAAGAAUGCAAAUUAUGUGCUGUCGGAACGAACCUCUCUGCAACAAGACCUAG